AGCAUAGCAUAGUUUGGAAAAUAGAAGGUAAAAGUUUGAGGAAGGAGUUGAAGCCUUGAUUUUCCCGCCAUAUUCAACCUUCUUAAUUUCAAUCACAGUCACUAUCUUUCCCUUCCAAGCUAAAAUUAAUGGCCCUUAGUCUCCCAAUUUCCCUAUUCUUCAUCCUCAUUUCCUCCGUUUUUCUUCAAUCAGCAACACCUCUCCCAAACUCUGCACCUCAUCCCAAUCCUUUGGCUCCAAGUACUCCUAAUGACGGUUUCACAACCAUUCCAAAUUCUUCUUUUCCCAUUCCUCCAUCACCCCUCCCUCCUCCGCCCUCCAACUCUCUUGUUCCCGCCCUUUUCGUCAUCGGCGACUCCACCGUCGACUCCGGCACCAAUAAUUUCCUCGGAACUUUCGCCCGCGCCGAUCAUCUUCCCUAUGGUCGAGAUUUCGACACGCAUACUCCCACCGGAAGGUUCUGUAAUGGAAGGAUUCCCGUCGAUUUUCUUGCCCUUCGUCUUGGACUUCCGUUUGUUCCGAGUUAUCUUGGACAUGUUGGAGCAGUGGAAGAUAUGAUUCAAGGAGUGAAUUACGCAUCGGCCAGUGCUGGAGUUAUCUUCACUAGUGGAUCGGAAUUGGGCCAACACAUCUCCUUUACACAACAAAUUCAACAAUUCAUGGACACUUUUCAACAGUUUGUUCUAAAUAUGGGCGAGAAGGCCGCUGCCGAUCACAUUUCCAAUUCAGUCUUUUACAUAUCAAUUGGAAUCAAUGAUUAUAUUCAUUACUAUCUGUUUAAUAUAUCUAAUGUUCAAAAUCUUUUCCCUCCAUGGAAUUUUAACCAAUUUCUUGCCGCCACAAUCAGACAGGAAAUCAAGAAUUUGUAUAACAUGAAUGCAAGGAGAAUCGUUGUAAUGGGAUUGGCACCUAUUGGUUGUGCUCCUUUCUACUUAUGGCAGUAUCGUAGUGAGAAUGGAGCAUGUAUUGAGGAGAUAAAUGAUAUGGUUAUGGAGUUCAACUUUGCCAUGAGGUACAUGGUCGAGGAGCUUGGCAUGGAGUUGCCCGAUUCAAGUAUAAUCUUCUGUGAUUUGCUUGAAGGUUCAAUGGAUAUUUUGAAGAAUCAUGAAUAUUAUGGUUUCAAUGUAACUUCAAAUGCUUGUUGUGGGUUUGGUCGUUACAAUGGUUGGAUUAUGUGCAUCUCACCAAUUAUGGCUUGUAAAAAUGCUUCUAAUCAUAUUUGGUGGGACCAAUUUCAUCCAACAGAUGCAGUAAAUGCUAUUCUUGCAGAUAACGUGUGGAAUGGCCUCCACACAACAAUGUGCUAUCCAAAGAACUUGCAGGAUGUGAUAAACUCCCAUGGCUGAAGGAUACUUUGGUCAGGCUUGUUCAUUCACAAAGCUAUACACCAACAUAUUCCAACAUAAUACUUGUUAUCGCUCAACCACUCCUCCAACAACAGUAUUCAUAUAGGAAAUGGUGGCAUAAAUAAACUUGCAGAAGAAUUCCAAAUGCUUUGCUUGCUUUCUAGAAGUAUGGUGGUGAUCGGGGCCUAUUUGGUAACUAAUAGGGAUUGAAAUAAGACAAUUGCUUAUAUUUUACUCUAGUGCAUAGUCAGUAUCGAAGAUGAUUUUUUUGUAUGCCUUUGUUUUCUUUUAUCUUCUUAAUGAAAGCUCUUUGGAUUUUAUUUUCUACAUUGUUUGAGCAUGGCGAGGAAGCUAAGAGCAGUUGAGCAACGAGGAAAAGUAAGUAAAGAUCCCUCAAAAUAAGAUUGUAAUUUAAGAUGAUUAAGGACAUAACUUUUCGUCGUUCUGAA